CGACCAACGUAACUGGGUAACUCAGACGCUGUGUAGACACUAUUGAGAAUUCAUUUUGAGCAACGCAGUGACAGAUAUGGAGGCAAAAUGUUGUUCCGAAGUGAAGCUUUUAGUCUGUAUCAUAAUCGUUCUAUUUGGAAUGGGAUCGUGGAUCGCUAUCAACGGAAUAUGGGUGGAGUUACCUAUCCUUGUAGAUCGUCUGCCUGAGGGCUGGAAUCUACCCUCGUAUAUGACAGUGGUGAUACAGAUCGCUAAUAUCGGACCUAUAGCUUACACAGUUUUGAGUGUCCUGAAACCUGGGAAGUCGUAUGAGAAACCCGUUGUGUUUUUAAUGGUGUUCGUAGGAGCAACAGCAUCGUUGCUUCUUGCGUUCUUUUGGAUGGAAACGUCGGUGGUAGGUGGUACGGAGCACAGUACAGCUUUACUUAUUCUCAUGUUUUUCUUGUCACUGGUUGACUGUACAUCUUCUGUGGUUUUUCUACCAUUCAUGAACACGUUCAAAGCAGGGUAUAUGACUUCAUAUUACAUCGGAGAAGGAUUUAGCGGUCUUGUGCCAAGUUUAGUUGCUCUUGGCCAAGGAGUAGGGCAGGUUGAAUGCCACAAUAUUAGUUCAGUCAACACAACGUCCAACACUACCGAGUUUUCCGUGCAAGCCGUUUACUUGCCCUCCAAAUUUCCCGUGAAAGAUUUCUUUCUGUUUAUAUUUGCAAUGAUGCUGACAUGUGGUAUAGCAUUUCUAAUGCUUAAUUAUUUGCAAUAUUGCAAAACUGAACACGUCGACAGCAACAAGAAGAAUUCCUAUGAGCUUGACGUAAGCACGACCGCAUCAAGCACCCAGAAAUUUGUUGAUUCUACAGGUGAAGAAGAUAUUGAUUUUAAAGGAAAACAUGGAGUUGAUGGAAAUUUAACAAAGAAAAUGUCUUUCAUAGACUAUUUAUACUUUCUAUUUUUGAUAGCAUGGGUGAAUGCUUUAACUAAUGGUAUUUUACCGUCCGUCCAGUCGUACGCAUGUCUACCAUAUGGUUCUGAACCCUAUCAUCUAGCUGUAACACUGUCAAACAUAGCCAAUCCAGUAGCGUGUUUCGUUGCAUUCUUCCUCCCCGUCGGAUCUGCCGGAAUUAUAGGAUUGAUCUCUCUCGUCGGCACUUUGGUGUCUGCAUACAUUAUGGUACUAGCUGCUGGCAGCCCGACCCCGGUACUUGUUGAAUCUAGCGCUGGUGGCAUUUUAGUGGUAUUUGCUUACGUCGUAGUGUACCUAACCUUGACCUUUACUAAAGUUUCCAUAGCAACACUAUUCAGGUUUGAAGGAAGGAAAGGUUUACUAUGGUGCGGCGCUAUCACUCAACUGGGUUCAGCAAUUGGAGCCGCUAUAAUGUUUGUAGUGGUGAACGUGUAUACUUUAUUCCAACAGAAAUAUCCAUGCACGUGACCAGAAGCUUAAUUUUAAGCUUUCUUAGCGUCCAUUUUAGUCGUGUUCUUAUACAUUUGGUUUCAACAAUACAAAUUUAAUAUGAUCUGGUUAGUGAUCUAAAAUAACUGAUUGCUCAUACUUUUUUAUACAGAAUUGUGAUAGUUUAAUGAAAUUAAAUGUUAUUUAUUAUCUAGAUUAUUUAAAGUGCAUCUGGUCAUGACAUUGCAUUAUAACAUUCUUAUCACUCAAAAACUCUUUAAAGACGGCUAGUUCAUUAUCUAGUCUACCUGCGCGGCAUCUU